CCAGCUGCAUGUGCCACACUCACAACAGGACUUGGAAUUAAGAGGAGGACUCUCAACCGAUAAAAUGACAGAAGAUAAGAUCACCGGGACCUUGGUUUUCACUGUCUUCACUGCUGCACUGGGUUCCUUCCAGUUUGGAUAUGACAUCGGUGUGAUCAAUGCACCUCAAGAGGUAAUAAUAUCCCAUUAUGAAUACGUUUUGGGUAUUCCACUGAAUGACCGAAAAGCUAUCAACAACUAUACUAUCAACAGUACAAAGGAACUGCCCACAGUCCCAUACCUAGGAGAUUCAAUAACAACACCUUUGGUGGAGGAAGAGACUACAGCAUCUACUAGCCUCGUCACCAUGCUCUGGUCCUUGUCUGUGUCUAGCUUUGCAGUUGGUGGAAUGAUUGCAUCAUUCUUUGGCGGGUGGCUAGGGGAUCGGCUUGGAAGAAUCAAAGCCAUGUUGGUAGCAAACAUUCUCUCAUUAGUUGGAGCUCUCUUGAUGGGGUUUUCAAAACUGGGACCAUCUCACAUUCUUAUAAUUUCAGGAAGAAGCAUAUCAGGACUCUACUGUGGACUAAUUUCAGGCUUGGUUCCAAUGUACAUUGGUGAAAUUGCUCCAACCACACUCAGGGGUGCUCUUGGCACACUUCACCAGCUGGCCAUUGUCACGGGCAUUCUUAUUAGUCAGAUUGUUGGCCUCAACUUUAUCCUGGGCAAUCAUGAGCGGUGGCAUAUCCUGCUUGGUUUGUCUGCUGUGCGAGCCAUCAUCCAGUCUCUGCUGCUCUUCUUCUGUCCAGAAAGCCCCAGGUACCUUUACAUCAAGUUGGAUGAAGAAGUCAAAGCAAAGAAAAGCCUGAAAAGACUCAGAGGAGGUAUUGAUGUCACCAAAGACAUCAAUGAGAUGAGAAAGGAAAAAGAAGAAGCAUCCAGUGAACAGAAAGUCUCCAUAAUUCAGCUCUUCACCAACUCCAGCUACCGACAGCCUAUUCUAGUUGCACUGAUGCUGCAUGUGGCUCAGCAAUUUUCUGGAAUCAAUGGGAUCUUUUACUACUCAACCAGCAUUUUUCAGACAGCUGGAAUCAGCCAACCUGUUUAUGCAACCAUUGGAGUUGGUGCCAUCAACAUGGUUUUCACCGCUCUUUCUGUAUUCCUUGUGGAGAAGGCAGGGCGACGCUCUCUGUUUCUAAUAGGAAUGAGUGGGAUGUUUGUCUGUGCCAUCUUCAUGUCUGUGGGACUUAUAUUACUGGAUAAACUGGCGUGGAUGAGUUAUGUAAGCAUGGUAGCCAUCUUCCUCUUUGUCAGUUUCUUCGAGAUUGGGCCUGGCCCCAUCCCCUGGUUCAUGGUGGCAGAGUUCUUCAGUCAAGGACCCCGGCCUGCUGCUUUAGCAAUAGCUGCAUUUAGCAACUGGACCUGCAAUUUCAUUGUAGCUCUGUGUUUCCAGUACGUUGCGAACUUCUGUGGACCUUAUGUGUUUUUCCUCUUUGCUGGAGUGGUCCUGGCCUUUACUCUGUUUACAUUUUUCAAAGUCCCAGAAACCAAAGGAAAGUCCUUUGAGGAAAUCGCAGCAGAAUUCCGAAAGAAGAGAAGCUUGGCCCAAGCACCAAAAGCUGCCGUGGAAAUGGAAUUCCUUGGAGCUACAGAGACUGUGUAAAGAUAACCUGCUUUUUUGACAAGAACAGAAACAGGAAGGAAGUUGUGUGUUUUUAAUUGACGAUUCUUUGAGAAUUUUAUAUCUACGUCUUGAAGUAUUAUUUUAUUUUUUAGAGAGUUUUUAUGGGCUUUUCUCAGAAAUGUCAUCCAAAAUUACCAAAGAAAGUAUUUUUUUAAGUUAAGCAUCUAUUUUUGAUAGUAAGACUCUCUAAUUAAGUAAACCAAAAAGUCUAGCUCAAUUUACUACACCAAAGGGCAAGUACAUUGUAAUGUUCCUAGCUCUAUUCUUUAUAAUGAGGUUCUCCUAAAACGGAAGCAGUGUCAAUGUAUCAUGUUAUUGCUUCAUUAAGCAUGUGACUGGAAACCUGGAGCUGCAGCUCAUUUACAUAUUUGAAUAUGAUUAUGUUGGCAUUUUCUUACCCACAGACCUCAUACUAAAGGAGCUUUGGCUAGUGGUAAUAAAAUGUCCAUGUUAAAAUGGAUACUUUUCUAUUGCUCCCAUUCAGCUUUUUUCUUUCUUAGAAUUUAUAUUUUGUUUAAAAUUUUAUUUUUUCUGUAUUUUCACAUGGAAUGGUUUAUUGAGUAUAUUAAGAUAUGUUCAUAAAAAAAAACUUUUAUUUUUGGUAGGCUUACCAAAACUUUGGUACUCAGAAAAAAAAAAAUUAGUUCCUUUGCUUGAUAACCAAAUGAUUUUUAUAAGAUUAAACAC